GUGUGCAGGCUGAGCUGAGUGGAGUAGCCGUGGAGGCUCCAUCCAGAGACACACACAUGUGAAGCUGCAGGCAGCUUCUGCUGGCUCCCUUCCCCACGGAUGCGACUGCAUGGGGGGCCAGAUGUGGGCUCUCUCUGCUCCAUCCAGAGACCAUCUCAGGUUUACCCGGCGAUGGAAGGACUGCCAGAUGAGAGAAGAAGAUGGUAGGCGUGAUGCCCCAGGUUCAGACCCAGGCCAUGGAGGAGAUCACACCUGACCCUGUGCAUGUGGAUGUGGACCAGGGCUUGACACUGGCAUGUAUCGCCUUCCUCUGCCUCCUGCUGGUGGCCAUGAUAAUCCGCUGUGCGAGGGUCAUAAUGGACCCCUACAGCGCCAUCCCCACCUCCACCUGGGAAGAGCAGCACCUGGAUGACUAGCUGGUCCAAGCCAAGCUCUACUGACAGGACCGGCGAUGUCACUUCCUCUGCCUGUGACGUUUACGCUCCACACGAAGGGCAAAGCCGACCUGCCACCAUCUUGGCUCCUCUGUGUGAGUGGAGGGUGAGAAUUGCCUUACGCCCACUCAGACUGAACAAGCCAAAACCUGGGCUCACUCUCAUUGGCUAAACUGAUUACACUGAACCCACUCUGACUGGGGAAUCCAAUUUAUCUUCUUGCAUGUGGACCAAUAUUAUGAAACUCUCUCACCAAGGUCUAGCAGAAGUAAUGGUGAAAAGCGCAUUUAGUUAUAGGAUUGUGUUGGUCUGCUUAUACAUAAAUCAAUAAUUUUCCAUUCUCAGUCCACCCCUAAGGGAUCAAAUAACCAUAAUUCAUUACAUCAGUAGAAAUCUUUUCAACUUGAAAACAUGGAGGAUAUGAGGAGUCUGAUGAAAAGUCAAAAUUCUUAUGCAGACCCCCCACACACACACACAAACACACACACACACACACACACAGACAUACAUACACCAUCCCCACCUCCAUUAGCCUCUUCAGCAUUCAGAUCCUCUUGUCUUCUGGAGAAGGACCUUCUGUUGUAUUAUGCAAGAUUUCAAAAGCAAAGACUACAAGCAGUAGCAGGACAGAGUAACACAUAAAACUGCUGUAAUUAAUGCACAAUGUCUGCCUCUAAUUUACAUGGAUCUACAAUGUAAAUCAUCAAACCUGCAGGUUAACAAACAAAUACCCUUACACGUGUAUAUCCAUCCAUCGCUCCAUCCAUCUUCAAACUGGUGGGUCGCAGGUGGGCUUGCAGCCUAUCCCAGGCAGUACCGGCUUCUGUGCACCCUGGGAAGUGAUGCCAGUCCAUCAUAUCAGCAUAAUCAUACACUAAUCAAUCAAACCGUAAUGUAACAUGUGCGACAAGGGGAGAAGAUGCACAUCUCCCACGCACAGAACAUAGGCAGGACUGGAACCCCUAACCCUGAAGCAACAGUGCAAUAACUCUCCUACAUGCUCUUGAUUGGCUGUCUAUGCACGUCACACAAGCUCUCACUCUGUAAUACUGUUCCCAGGAUGCAACAGGUCACUGGUUGCCCCGGUGAUUCCAUGAUGGAAGGUACAUGCCGGUGCAAGUGUAAGAGCCUCCUGUGAAGAGUUUAAGCUAAAGAGCCUUGAUAGACCCCACAAAGCCUGGACAAUGUAUGCAGAAAACACUAUUAGUUCAAAUAAAGCACGUCUCUAUGUAUGCAAGCGAAAAACCAGGUCAUCUGAAUAAGGCCCAUCCAAACAGGCAUCAACCUAUGCAUGCCAAUCUUUUUGGAAGAUAUAGACAUUUUAAUGCUAUUUACACCUCUGGUCAUUUAUACACUGUUUUCUUCAGAGGCGCUCCACCUUUGCAGUCUAUUUUUUUUCAGUUUUUGUUUCGUUCUCUCAGUUUUUGAUUCCCUGUGAAUUACUAUGACAUGCUUGUAAAAUACUGAAUAACAUUUAACUGACUGAGUGGUUUUUUUUUGCUUGCGAUUAGUGCCACGGCCCCAGACGAUUCCAAACAAGUCUCUCCUCCCAUUCGGCAGCUGCUUUAGCAAAUUAAAA